AUGGCCCCCGCAGCACAGAAGAAGAAGAAGUGGUCCAAGGGCAAGGUAAAGGACAAGGCCCAGCACUCCGUUGUCCUUGACAAGACCACCGCCGAGAAGCUCAACAAGGAUGUUCAGUCCUACCGUCUGAUCACCGUUGCCACCCUCGUCGAUCGUCUCAAGAUCAACGGCAGCCUUGCCCGCCAGGCUCUCGCUGACCUCGAGGAGCGCGGUGAGAUCAAGAAGGUUGUUGGUCACAGCAGCCUGAACAUCUACACCCGUGCCAUCACCGCCGAGUAA